CAUUUUUGAUAAAAUUUCGUGAUUUUUUCGUUUUAGUAUAAUAAAAACAGAAAGAAAGACUUGAUUUCUAGUCUAAAAACGUGUUUAAAUCCUCCGAACUUGGUUAGUCAUCAGGUUAGUUAUUAUUUCAAUCCGAAAAAAAUAAAAGAAUAGUUUAAAUUUGGGUGCUUUGGCAAAAAAAUAUUUGCUGAUAUUCGAAAAGACACUGGCUUAUAAUUUUAAGUAAAACGCGCUUAACGAAACCAUGAGGAAUAUUUUGUAUUGUUUUCUUACCUUAUUCAAAGGAAUUUGCUUUUAAUUCGCACUAGUUUUUUUUUCAUAAAAGUUUUAUUAUGAAAGAGAUAGUGUCAGAAUACGCGCUAUCAGUCGUGACGUCACCUCCCCACUCUUAUUACGGUAGGUCAGUUGCUCAAAGCUAAACAACCAGUCUUUUACAUGUGGUGUAAUACGUUUUUCGGUUUUUUGGUUGUGUUUGUGCGUUAAUAACGUGUCAAAUAGCUGCAGCGGGUGUAAUUUGUGCCACUAGAGACUUUAAUUUAAUUUAGAAGUGACUUUUUGUGAAAAUACGAACUUUAUAAAAGAAUACAGGGAACCACGUUGUCGGUGAGAAAUGGCAGAAAAGCACAUUGUUAAGUUUCACUUUAUUGCGAAAUUUUUUGGGGACGGUAAUCGCUUUUUAGUUCGGGGAGAAAAUGCUUUUACCAGCGGUCACGUCACCAAAUUUAGGUUUGAUGGCACAGUACAACCGAUGAGAAUUUCUGCAGAAGUUCUACCGAGCAUGAAAAAGCUAAAUUAUACUGUGGAGAUUUCAUAUGACCUAGAAGAAGGGGUUAAGACGGCACAUUGUACCUGCCCAAGGGGCAACGUGGCUUGCCAUCAUAUGGCUGCAGCAUUAUAUUAUGCUCAUUAUAAUGUAAGUGCUACUGACAUUGAGUGUCAGUGGAGUGCCCCAUCAAAAACAACACCACAAACAGAAGUCAUUAAGUUAGCUGAUGUUUACAAGCCGAAAUUAUCAAACUAUACGGCACUGUCUAGGUCCUCUACUGAGGACGAAAUUAUUCAGUUCCGUGCCGAAAUAGGCGUCACGAAUGUGGUGGGCUUCACUUGGCUCCUAAGACCAGAAGCAAGUGAAGAAGCCAGAAAAAUUAUUGCAGAUAUCGAAGAAAUUCUACAAAGCUUAGAAUACGUGCAGGCCAUAGACAAACAAAAGUUUCUUUUGGAGAAGUGCAGAAUAGAUGAGGCACGCAUUAAACUGGUUGAGGCGUGCACUCGGGGCCAACAUGUUAACGAAAAUUGGCAUGUAGCAAGGAAACAUCGUUUAACGGCCAGCAGGUUUGGCAUGGUACUAUCUGCUUGCAGUAGACGAAGAUUCCCACCCUCUUUAUUUAAAAAUUUGGCGGAAGGCUAUUCGCUUGACAGGGUUGCUGCUGUGCAGUGGGGUAAGACCCACGAGAAGACAGCGCUCAGAGAAUUUGAAGAAGCGACGAAUCUUAAAGUCCAAGAGACGGGAUUUUGGUUGGAAGAAUCAGGCUUUUUGGGAGCAAGUCCUGAUGGAUUAGUGGAAGAAGAUGGGAUUCUCGAAAUUAAAUGCCCAUAUAAAUAUAGGGACACUGACAGUUUGUCUGAAGCCCUGAAGGAUAAAAAAUAUUUUUAUUGGAGGGAUGAAAAUGAGGACAUUAAUCUUAACAGCAAUCACAAUUAUUACCACCAAGUACAGGGGCAAAUGCACAUCACUGGUCGAAGUAUCUGCUACUUUGUCGUGUGGACACCAAAGUGCACAGAGAUAUUUCAAAUUGAAAAAGAUCCGGGGUGGUCAGAAAAUAUCAAUAUUUUAAAAGAAUUUUAUCUUGACCAAUAUAUUUCCUUUAUUUCACAAUAAUAAACUGUAUAUAAAUA